UCUCGCCGCCGUCGCCGGGCCGGAGUGGGAGCGGGAGCGGAACCCGGGCCGGGGCCGGGGCCGGAGCGGGUGGAAUGGAGCCCCCGCGCGCGCCCGCUCUGCGCCGCCUGCUGCCGCCGCUGCUGCUCCUAAUGCUGCCGCUGCCCCCCCGCGCCCGGGCUAAGUACGUGCGGGGCAACCUCAGCUCCAAGGAGGACUGGGUGUUCCUGACGAGAUUUUGCUUCCUCUCGGAUUAUGGCCGACUAGACUUCCGUUUCCGAUACCCUGAGGCCAGGUGCUGUCAGAACAUCCUCCUCUAUUUCGACGACCCAUCCCAGUGGCCAGCCGUGUACAAGGCAGGGGACAAGGACUGCCUGGCCAAGGAGUCAGUGAUCAGGCCAGAGAACAACCAGGUCAUCAACCUCACUACCCAGUAUGCCUGGUCAGGCUGUCAGGUGGUGUCAGAGGAGGGAACUCGCUACCUGAGCUGCUCCAGUGGCCGCAGCUUCCGCUCGGUGCGUGAAAGGUGGUGGUACAUCGCGCUCAGCAAGUGUGGUGGAGAUGGGCUGCAGCUGGAGUAUGAGAUGGUCCUCACCAACGGCAAGUCCUUCUGGACGCGGCAUUUCUCUGCUGAUGAGUUUGGGAUCCUGGAGACCGAUGUGACUUUCCUCCUCAUCUUCAUCCUCAUCUUCCUCCUCUCCUGUUACUUUGGAUAUUUGCUGAAAGGUCGUCAGUUGCUUCACACGACUUAUAAAAUGUUCAUGGCUGCAGCAGGAAUGGAGGUCCUGAGCCUCCUAUUUUUCUGCAUCUACUGGGGCCAGUAUGCCACGGAUGGCAUUGGCAACGAGAGUCUGAAGAUCCUGGCCAAGCUGCUCUUCUCCUCCAGCUUCCUCAUCUUCCUGCUGAUGCUGAUCCUUCUGGGGAAGGGAUUCACGGUGACACGGGGCCGCAUCAGCCACUCGGGCUCGGUGAAGUUGUCUGUCUACAUGACCUUGUACACCCUCACACACGUGGCGCUGCUCAUCUACGAGGCAGAGGUUCUUUGCAGUUCCGGUCAUGGCCCUGAUCGCCAACUUCGGGAUCCCCAAGUGGGCCCGGGAGAAGAUUGUCAAUGGAAUCCAGUUGGGGAUCCAUCUGUAUGCCCACGGCGUGUUCCUGAUCAUGACACGCCCUUCGGCGGCCAACAAGAACUUCCCAUACCACGUGCGCACGUCGCAGAUCGCCUCGGCCGGAGCCCCGGGCCCUGGAGGCAGCCAAUCCGCAGACAAGGCCUUCCCGCAGCACGUCUACGGGAACGUGACGUUCAUCAGCGACUCGGUGCCCAACUUCACGGAGCUCUUCUCCAUACCCCCGCCCGCCUCCUGCGCCGGGAAGCAGGUGGAGGAGACAGCGGUGGCGGCGGCGGUGGCCCCGAGGGGCCGCGUGGUGACCAUGGCCGAGCCGGGCGCGGCCUCCCCGCCCCCUUCCUCUCGGUUCCCCAAGGCGGCCGACCCAAGCUGGGAUGGCCCGACGCCGCCCUACCAGCCGCUCGUGCCCCAGACAGCGGCGCCGCACACCGGCUUCACCGAGUACUUCAGCAUGCACACGGCCGGGGGCACCGCACCCCCGGUCUGAGCACCCCUGCCCCAUGGGCCGCGCGCCGGGCCCCGGCCGGGCUCCAGAUCCCCUCUCUAACCCGGCCCCAGGGCUCUGCCAUUCCCGGCCUUGCCAAACCUCCCCACCCCGCGUGCCCAGGUAGGGGUGCGUAGUGUCCCGCUCCCGCCCAGUCCCCCUUUGACUCUUGUGCCAAACGGUCCCGCGGGAGCCGCUCUCCCCGUCCCCUCCCUCAGCCCCUGCCCCGAGCGGCACCGGAUUCUGGGCUCCCGCUGUUCCGUGACCUCCGGCCCCCUGGCCCCCUCCGAGACCUCUGACCCCGCCGGACCCCGGAACACCAGUGACGAUCGCCGGGACCCUGCCUGAGGCUCUCCAGGAAUCCGCGACCCCGAGCCACUGCUCCCAGGACAGAUAUUGUGAAGCUACUCUCGACUCUGAAACCUUCCCCUGGAUCUCUGUGACCUUGGACCCGUACUCUGCCCACCCUAUCUCCAUCCCGGAGGCCCUCCCUCAGGUCCUUGGCAGAAAGACUUUUCCCCCUUCUUGCCAAAAUAAAGAUUCAUUGAGUUUUUAUCUUUAA